AUGCCUCGAUGGGGCAAGCCCAAAGUGGACAUCAGCUAUGAGGGAGCUGAGGGUUAUGCCGGCUCGGAUGUACAGCAGGCGGCUCGCCUCUUGCCCCCUCCCAGCGAGCGCCGGGUCGACCCCCAGCUCUGUCGCGGGCGAAGGGCUGAGAUGGACAUCGCCAGCGGAAGCCCGGGGCCAGCGUGGCCGGCAGUGGUUGGGGGCAAGCCCUCCGAUCACCGGGCCAGGCUGUCCUCCGGUGAGGUCCGGCAGAUGGUGAAAGAUCUGGAGUGCUCCCUGCCAGCAUCCUCUGUGCGCAAGGCGGCAAAGGAUCAGCAUAGCAAACGGCAGCCGAUUGCCUGCGGGGUGCAGCUACUGAGCGGCCACAGCUGCAGCUAUGCAUGUCGGUAUUGCUACAUCCAAGAUUGGUAUGCUUUUGUGCAGCCAGCCCCUACGGAGUUGUCAGGCACCGAGGUCUUGCUCGCAUUGCUCUACAAUUCCAACUGGAUCCCGUCCCGGGACUUCAUCAUCCUGGGGGACGUGUGCGACCCUUUCCAUCAGAACCUACAAGUCCGCACCAUGGAAUACAUCCGGGCGGUGGCGGUGCUGGGGAGCCCCAUCCAAUUCUCCACUAAGAGCUUCAUCACCAAGGCUCUGUGCGCCCAGCUGGCCCAGUGGUCGGUGGCCCACCAGUGCCCCAUCAACGGCUUGGUCACCUGCACCACCCUGCGCCACGUGCAGCAGCUGGAGCCGGAGGCGCCGCCCGUGGAGCAGCGGAUGGAGACCAUCCGCAAUUUGAGUUCGGCUGGGUUGUCGACCUUCCUCUUCCUGCGGCCCCUGCUGCCUUUGGAGCCCUUCGAGGAUUUCGAGCAGCUCAUCUUGGCGGCCAAAGCGGCGGGGGCUGAGGGGGUGGUGGUGGGCUCGCUGCGGGUGUCCCGGAAGAUCUACCGGCGGCUAAAGCAAGCCAAGGUGGUGAACAUGGAGCGUGUGGAUGAGCUGCUUGCCGCCAAAGGCCAGAGACCGGAGGACCUCACCGAGGAGCAGGUGGACAUCCAGGACGAGCCCUUGCGCCGGCGCGUCACGGACUUCGCGCUGCAGUGCGGCCUGGCGCCCGUGCGCCGGGCCUGCUGCGCCAACGCCCUCGGCGCGCAAAUGCCCUGCAGAAGGUCAGACUGUUUGGCGAGCUGGUAG